CCGGGCGGGCCCGGCGUGUCCCCUGGGCGCUGGAGCGGGGCGACCCUCGCGCCGCGGCAGGAGGCGGCCAGCAUGGCCGGGCUGGCGGCGCGCCGCUGCUGCUUGGGCUGGGACUUCAGCACGCAGCAGGUGAAGGUGGUUGCAGUUGACACAGAGCUGAAUGUCUUCUACGAGGAGAGCGUGAAUUUUGACAGAGACUUGGGAGAAUUUGGGACUCAAGGAGGGGUUCAUGUUCACAAGGAUGGGCUGACGGUCACUUCUCCGGUCCUCAUGUGGGUCCAGGCCCUGGACAUCCUCCUGGAGAAGAUGAAGGCUUCGGGCUUUGAUUUCUCCCAGGUUCUUGCCUUGUCCGGGGCAGGCCAGCAACACGGCAGUGUGUUCUGGAAGACGGGGGCCAGCGGGGUGCUGCGGAGCCUGUCCCCGGACCUCCCACUGCACAAGCAGCUGCAGGCCUGCUUUUCCAUCAGCAACUCCCCAGUGUGGAUGGACUCCAGCACCACUGCCCAGUGCCGCCAGCUGGAGGCCGCUGUGGGCAGUGCCCAGGCUCUCAGCCGCCUCACGGGCUCCCGCGCCUAUGAGCGCUUCACAGGAAACCAGAUUGCCAAGAUUUACCAGCAGAACCCCGAGGCCUACUCACACACAGAGAGGAUCUCCUUGGUUAGCAGUUUUGCUGCUUCCCUCUUCCUGGGCUCUUACUCCCCGAUCGACUACAGCGACGGUUCUGGAAUGAACUUGCUGCAGAUACAGGAGAAAGUCUGGUCGCCGGCGUGCCUGGGAGCCUGUGCACCACACUUGGAGGAGAAGCUGGGCGCCCCCGUGCCUUCCUGCUCCGUCGUGGGAGCCGUGUCUGCCUACUAUGUCCGGCGCUACGGGUUUCCUCCCGACUGCAAAGUGGUGGCCUUUACUGGGGACAACCCAGCAUCGCUGGCCGGCAUGAGGCUGGAGGAAGGCGACAUUGCGGUCAGCCUGGGCACCAGUGACACCCUCUUCCUGUGGCUGCAGGAGCCCACGCCUGCCCUGGAGGGCCACAUCUUCUGCAAUCCCGUGGCCCCGCAGCACUACAUGGCGCUCCUGUGCUUUAAGAACGGCUCCCUCAUGCGAGAGAAGGUCCGAGACGAGUCGGCCGCCGGCUCCUGGAGCGAGUUCUCGAAGGCGCUGCAGUCCACGGAGAUGGGGAACGGCGGGAACCUGGGUUUUUAUUUCGAUGUCAUGGAGAUCACCCCUGAAGCCAUUGGGCGUCACCGAUUCAAUGCAGCAGACCAGGAGGUCCCAGCCUUCCCCAGGGAGGUGGAGAUUCGUGCCCUGAUUGAAGGACAGUUCAUGGCCAAGAGGAUCCACGCCGAGGGCCUGGGCUAUCGAGUCAUGCCCAAAACAAAGAUACUGGCCACUGGGGGCGCCUCUCACAACAGAGACAUCCUCCAGGUGCUGGCAGAUGUGUUUGGUGCCCCCGUGUACAUCAUGGACACUGCCAACUCGGCCUGCGUAGGCUCUGCAUACCAGGCAUUCCACGGCCUCGCAGCGGGAACCCACGUGCCCUUCUCGGAGGUGGUGAAGUCAGCCCCGAGUCCCAAAUUAGCCGCCACCCCAGCCCCAGGGGCCGCUCAGGUGUACGAAGCCCUUCUCCCGCGCUACGCCAAGCUGGAGCGGACCAUCCUGCCGCAGACAGAACGGCCUCCCAAGUGACGCCUGCAGACCGCAGAGAUCCUCUCUCUGUCCCUGGGCAGCCCUCUCUGUCUCCUGCUCGGGGCCCAGGACACUGCCUUCCCUCGGCUUCCUGAGCCUGAUGCACAGCGGAUGCUCCUGGGUCCCCAGAAGGGAGGCCGCUCUCCUUUGCCGACCCUGACCCCUGGAGGUGGGGUGUCACUGAGCCUGGAUCUGUCCAAUCACACUGGCGACUUUUUCCCUUUCAAAGGAACACGGGAAAUUUUAACUCAGGACCUCGGCCAGCAGGGCGGAAGAGACGCCUUCCCCAGACGCGGCCCUUCCAUCCUCUCCGUGCUCCCUCCCACCCCAUCCUCCUCCAUAACUCUCUCCUCCCUCCUGCCAGCUCUCAAGUGCUCCCUGCCCCCAUUUCUUUUCAUCCCAUUCUGAUUUUUUUGGACUGUACCAGUUGUGCUAAGGGGCUACUCCCCACUUGGGGCUCAAACUCAGGCCCCCCAUGUGCUGUUCUGCACUCCAGCCCUUCCCCGCCUACUCCCUGUUUUUCCUCUUGUCCCCUCCCAUCUUCACUCCAGCCCCAUGCUCAUCCCAGCUUUCACGCUUCUUUUGGGUAUCUGUCUCUCCACUUGGUUCUCUCCUCCCCGCGCCUACCUGGUGUAACUCACCCUUCUCACCCCUUGGGCUAUGCUUCCUGCUUCUUCGCUGUAGUGCCACACACAGGCCGUCUUAUUCCUGGGUGAACUGGGCCAUUGGAAGACCCUUCAGCCCUCUAACAAUCGCACCAUGCCACUUGCCAUGCAGCUCACACCUAUCCUGGUGAUGCCCUUAACUUUUUUACUUGUCUGUCUCUUUUGUCCUUUUGAUUGGUGGUUGGACCAAACACAGGUAUUUUAGUUUUAGUUUUUGUCACACCUAAUGAUGCUCAGGGGUUACUACUGGCUCUGCACUCAGGAAUUACUCCUGGCAAUGCUUAGGGGACCAUAUGGGAUGCUGGGGAUUGAACCCAGACCAGCCACAUGCAAGGCCAAUGCCUUCCCUGCUGUACUGUUGCUCUGUUGUACUGUUGUUUUUCCUGUUUGUUUGGGGGGGCCCACACCCUGUUUCGGGGACCCACACCCAGCAAUGCUGGUAUACUCCUGGGUCUGUGCUCAGGUCACUCCUGGUGGUUGUUCAGGGGACCUUGCAGUGCCAGAGACCAAACCCAGAUUUCAACACUUACAAAGCAUGUGCUAAGCUCAUUUAGUUCUCUUUCCAGUGUGUGUGUGUGUGUGUGUGUGUGUGUGUGUGUGUGUGUGUGUGUGUGUGUGUGUUGGGAGGGGGGUAAGGAGGGAAGAGGGAGUCAGGGAUCAAACCCAGAGCCUUGCACAUGCAAAGCAAGCAAAUAUGAGGUUUUCAGUUUCCACACUCUUGAUAUUUUAGCCAGGAUGAAUCUUUGUUCUAGACAACUAUCCAGCCAUUGAAAAAUGUUUAGAAGUGCCAUAACCCUUUUCCUAAUCCUAAAAUGCCAGUAUAGAUUCUGGGGACCAUGUUGGUGUCAGAGAUUAAAUCCAGGCCUCCUGCAUGCUAGGUACAUGCCCACCCACAGAAUCAUCUGUUUCCCCACUUUACCUGCUGCCUCCCAAAUGGUGCUUAUGGGGGCAGGGGGGCUACUCCUGACAUACUCAGCCAACACGGCUGAGGCUCAGUGCUAGGACCUGAGGAUGUGGUGCUGCCCUAGCCCUGCAGUGUCAGGGACCACCAGGGUCACACCUGGCAAGGCUGGGCAGUGGGUGGGGAGGGGGUCAUGUGGUACCAGGGAUUGAACAGGGAUUGGGAUCAUGCCAGGCUUUUACCCCAACUCCUAUGCCCCAACUCCUAUGCUCUCUCCCCAGCUCCUGGUAUUGUUUUUGCUCUUUUUUUUUCACCUUAGUGGCAGAAAUUGAACCCAGGACCUCGGAUGUAAGACAUGUGCCCCAUGGUUCAGUCGUAUCCAUGGCCCAGCCCAAUCCUCUCGUGUGUGUGAGUGAGUGUGUGUGUGUAUGUGUGUGUGCGUGCAGUGGUGGUAGUGGGGAGUUCACAGCCAGACAUGCUCAGGAGUUUCUCCUGGCUCUGCACUCAGGAAUCACUCCUGUCAACGCAUUGGGGACCAUAUGUGGUGCUGGGGAUCGAACCCCAGUCACCUGUGUGCAAGGCAAUCACCCUACCCGCUGUACUAUCUCUCUCUGAUCCCUUCUCUCCCUUCUAUAAUUUGGUUUUGUUUUUGGACCACACCUGGCAGUGCUCAGGGGUUACUCCUGGCUCUGCACUCAGGAAUCACUCCUGGUGGGUUCGGGGGACCAUAAUGGGAUGCCGGGGAUCCAACCCAGGUUGACUGCAUGCAAGACAAGAGCCCUACCCACUGUACCCCAGCCUCCUCCUCUUUCCUUUUUUUAAUAGCCACAUUCUGUGUUUUUCCACCCGUCUCGCUGUCCCAAUCUUUCAUUCUUUCUCCACAUCGAUUUUUUCUUUUGCUCCAUCUGUCUCUACUCCUUAACUGUUGCUGGCUGCCAAGUCUCUGUCCUCAUCUGCCUCUCCAUCCUAUGCUUUGGUGUUGAAUGAGUUUAUCUAUUCCUGGGCCUUAACUCCUCCUUCAGUGCCAGCCUCGCCAGACCUUUGUCUCCUGCCCAAGCUUGUGUUGAAACCUUCCUGUAUUCUCCCAGGGGCACCUCGCUCCCCGCUAACCUCACCUCUCCUUGCCAGCCUCCCCGUCCUCAGGUUCGUUUAUUAGGAAACUCAUAGCCAUUCAUUCAGGAACCCUACCUCGACCCUGACCAGUCACCAGACGAUACUGGUUCUUCCUUCAAAAUUUCCCUUCCAGCCAUUACUUUCUCUUCACCCCACCAGCUACACUCUUGACCCAAGUCACUGUGAAAAUGCUCCAGGGAAAGUCAUUUGUGACCUGCUCCUGCAAAGUCCUCCAAAGUUUUCUUCUGCCACCGAAUUCUCCGUUACCUGGGACUCCAGUAAAACUAAAGUCCUCCGGCCUCAGCCAUCUUGGCUAAAGCUGCCAAUGGGUGUGAGGCCGGCUGCGUCCAGGCAGCCGGAAGUGAAAGGGAAGGGGCUUGGGGAAUGAGUGGGAAGAGCUGGUUCAUCUCAGUGAGCCCGAGUCGUCCCUUUGAAAGGCAAGACUGGCGGAGGGGUGGGGUGAGAAGCCAGGCGCUGGAGGCCAUAGCUCCUCCCAACCAUCCUGCAGUCCACGGUGCAGAAGAAAAUGGACAGGACUCGGGCUUUUCUUCCCAAGGAGAUGUUACAUCAUUGCCCCUCUCCCUAGCCCACCCCAAGCCAUGGGCUUCCCAGAACCAAGAAAUAGACUAAGCCAUGCAAACCAGUCCCCAUCGUGACCCCUGCCCCAAUGGAGUGUCAGGAGCGUGUUCUGGUGUGGCAAACUCCUAAAGCUGCCCCUUGGAAAUGUUGCUCUUUCACUCUGACCGUUGCAGCAGGAUCUAUGCAGUCUUCUAAAUCUGUAUUGAACUUUGUCCCUUAACAGAAAUAUGCCUAUUGCGCCUGUUAUACUCACUCACCAAAUUUGACUUCUUAUUAUGUCACAAAGAAAGCCCCAAUACUUUUCACAAAAUUGAAAUAGUUUCUAAUCAUA